ACAGGGACCACAUCAGCCUUUUGCUGGAUACUUCAACAAGGGAACUGGUGAGCAUGGAGCUAGUGGCCCCAAAGGAGAAAAGGGUGACACUGGGCUGCCUGGAUUUCCAGGGUCCGUUGGCCCUAAAGGACACAAAGGAGAACCUGGGGAGCCUUUAACAAAAGGUGAAAAGGGAGAUAGAGGAGAACCAGGUCUACCAGGACCACAGGGAAUAAAGGGGGAACCUGGAGAUCCCGGUCCCCCUGGUUUAAUAGGAAGCCCAGGGCUAAAGGGUCAGCAAGGACCUGCAGGUCCCAUGGGGCCCAGAGGACCACCAGGAGAUGUUGGGUUGCCAGGAGAACAUGGUAUCCCUGGGAAACAAGGCGUUAAGGGAGAAAAGGGAGAUCCAGGAGGAAGGCUAGGCCCUCCUGGACUUCCAGGUCCGAAAGGUGAUGCUGGGCCUCCAGGGAAAAGUCUGCCAGGGAAACCAGGGUUGGAUGGAAAUCCAGGAGCACCUGGUCCACGUGGGCCAAAGGGUGAAAGAGGUCUGCCAGGGAUCCACGGUUCCCCCGGGGACACAGGCCCACCAGGGGUAGGAAUCCCUGGUAGAACAGGCUCCCAAGGGCCAGCGGGAGAGCCAGGCAUUCAGGGUCCUCGAGGUCUGCCUGGAUUGCCAGGGAUGCCAGGGAAUGACGGAGCUCCAGGGAAAGACGGAAAGCCAGGCCUUCCAGGCCCCCCAGGUGACCCGAUCGCGCUUCCUCUCUUGGGAGACAUUGGCGCCCUGAUGAAGAACUUCUGUGGUAACUGUCAAGCCAAUGUCCCUGGGCUGAAAAGCAAUAACGGGGAUGGUGGAGGAGCUGGUGAGCCUGGAAAAUAUGACCCUGCAGCCAGGAAGGGUGAUGUAGGGCCACGAGGUCCUCCAGGAGUCCCAGGCAGAGAAGGGCCAAAGGGAAGCAAAGGAGAGCGGGGCUACCCUGGACUACAUGGGGAGAAAGGCGAUGAGGGUCUUCAAGGAAUUCCUGGCCUCUCAGGAGCUCCUGGCCCAACUGGACCCCCUGGCUUAACAGGAAGAACCGGACAUCCUGGUCCCGCUGGAGCAAAAGGUGACAAGGGUAGUGAGGGGCCCCCUGGGAAACCUGGACCGCCUGGACCCCCUGGUGUCCCGCUCAACGAGGGGAAUGGCAUGGGCAGUUUAUAUAAAAUCCAGGGAGGAGUGAAUGUUCCCAGUUACCCAGGACCUCCGGGCCCCCCAGGCCCAAAAGGUGAUCCUGGCCCAGUGGGAGAGCCUGGUGAAAUGGGCUUGCCAGGGCUAGAAGGAUUUCCUGGUGUAAAGGGAGAUCGAGGCCCAGUGGGUCCCCCAGGAGUAGCCGGCAUAUCGGGAAAACCUGGUGCCCCAGGCCCUCCCGGAGCUCCAGGGGAGCCGGGUGAGAGAGGACCUGUUGGAGAUAGAGGGUUUCCUGGGCCAGAGGGACCUUCGGGGAAGCCAGGCAUAAAUGGACAAGAUGGAUUGCCAGGUGCUCAGGGCAUCAUGGGUAAACCAGGAGACAGAGGCCCCAAAGGAGAACGCGGUGAUCAGGGAAUUCCAGGAGACAGAGGCCCACAAGGUGAACGUGGAAAGCCCGGUCUUACAGGCAUGAAGGGGGCUAUAGGUCCUGUGGGACCGCCAGGAAGCAAGGGCUCCAUAGGGUCACCUGGGCACCAAGGCCCCCCAGGCGUCCCUGGCACUCCGGCUGACGCGGUUUCAUUUGAAGAAAUAAAAAAGUACAUUAAUCAAGAGGUCCUAAGGAUUUUUGAAGAGAGGAUGGCUGUGUUUCUGUCCCAGCUUAAGUUGCCAGCAGCAAUGUUGUCUGCUCAAGCUCAUGGGAGACCUGGCCCACCAGGGAAGGACGGGUUACCUGGACCCCCAGGAGAUCCAGGGCCCCAAGGCUACCGAGGACAGAAGGGAGAAAGAGGUGAACCUGGAAUUGGGCUGCCAGGGAGUCCGGGUCUUCCUGGAUCGUCAGUGGGUUUGCCAGGCUCGCCAGGUGCCCCGGGGCCUCAAGGACCCCCAGGACCCAGUGGAAGAUGCAGCCCAGAAGAUUGCCUCUAUCCCAUGCCUCCUGCCCACCAGCAGGCAGGGGGGAAGUGAAAAAGACGGAGGAAGGCAUCCAUCGUGUCUGGUGAGAUCUCCACGCCACUUGAGCCGUCAGCGCGGUCUUCACAACCACGUGCUCUCAAGGCUUACGAGUUUGGGACCGCUUUGUUUUAUUUUUCUGAUGCAGGGGCAGACAUCCAAAGCAACCAUCUGAGUCCUUUGCAGACAGUAAUUGCAGAUCAGUAUUUUCAGAUGUUUGCCAACUCCGUUCCGUGAGUUCUGCUUUAGUGUGGCUCCGAGUUCGACCGUUUCAUAAGAAACAUCCAAGCAAGCCUGUCAGGGGCUCGCCAGAAGAAAUCACAUGCGACGAUUCGGUACUCACACGACAUACACUCUGAGCUCGUCAACACGACUAGCUUUUGAUUCCUGAAUUUUAACUUUUCUGAUUUAUCUUGAUCAUUUUCUUCGUAUUUAAAUUUACUAUCAUUGCUUAAGAUUUUCUUUCUGCUCUUCUGAGAUGGAAGUAGUACAUUACUGCUGUUGACUGUCUUAUGACUGCUUUUUACAAGAAGUCUUAUACCGUCCUACAUUCAUUCAAUUUAUGUAGAAAAAAUAUGCAAUAAGGAAUUCGCUUUUAACUUAUUAACAACAACAAAAACUAUGGGAGACUCUUUAUCAGGGAGCCCCCAAAAUCAUCAUAGCCAACUACUGAGAUUUUUUUUGGUUUCCUAGCAAUGAGCUCGAUUUGAAGCGCACCUCACUGGCACCAACAUACGCUACUUGAAAAAAUGGAGAACCAACUUGACCCUGUGUCAGUGAGUCUCCUCUGGUGAACCUGAAGUGAUUUUCUCCAAGAGGCACUUGGUGGUUUGGUACUUAGCAAGCCUUAGUAGCUGGGCAAGACCUUUGUAUCUUAUGAAUUCUUUUUUCUGACUUUGUGAUUCCCCGGACCUGCCAUCAGAGAAAAGCACAGGAUUUGUAAUGACCAGAAAAGAGGAGUCUUCGUGUUGGAAAAUGAGGGUAGAGGGUCAGCAAAGGCAUGUUGAGUACGUGACGCCCUCGUGCUCUUAAGGAGAUUAAUGUUUUCUCAGAAACCAUCCAAAGGUCCGGCUCAGCCUAGGAAAGCCAAGAGAUUCCACCCGAAAGUCAUUCAAAACCAUAUGCUCAGGGGUGAGGGAUUCAGCUUCGCAGUGGACUGCUUGCCGGGCAAGCAUCAAGGCCCUGGGUGCCAUCCUCUGCCCUGGAGGAAAGAAAGAACCAUGCUCCGAAGGGAAGCAAAAUCCCAAUCUUGGCUGAAUUACCCCACAGUGUUUUUUUACACCUUACCUAUUCAUUGCUUGGAGAAACCUUGGGUCAGAAACAACUGAUAUCCUAGAAUACUGAGCACAGGGGCAUUGCCAGGAUUUAGUUGGUGGGUAGCACAGAAGC